AUGCUGUCAGAAACUCUCAUAGCCUCCUUGAUAGGCUCAACAAAAGUCCAAACGUCGUCUACCCUCAAAGACGCCGGAAUAUGUCUGCAGGAUUUGCAGCCUACUUCCGCUCUCCGCACCACAUUCAAAAAGAGCUCCACUCCUCCUAACGGUCUCGCUGUCACCCCGACUCAUAUAUUCGCUGCGCAAGUCGAUAAGUCUGUAAUUCAUGUAUAUAACCGACAAAAGGGAAAUCAAGAAGCGGCUGUUCCGUUUCCCGAACGAAUUCGUAGUCUGGCCGUGGCUGGUGGACACAAUGGCGAGGUCUUGAUUUUAGGCACAGACGGCGGACGAUUGAUUCUGUGGGAGACAUGUACCGGACGUCAAGUGUCGACCACUCCCUCUCACCUCCAACCCGUGACCUCACUCGUUGUUGAUCCCACAUCUAAUUUCAUUCUUUCUGGCUCCGCCGACGCCAACGUCCACAUAUGGUCCAUCCCACAACUGUUAUCUUUUUCGCGGCCAGUAUCGACAGGACAAGAUCAAAAAGCUCCGAACUCUCCUAUACGAACAUUUGGCAAUCAUAGAACGGCAAUCACAGCGCUUGCUGUUGGACAUGGCACGGGGCGCAGUAAUAUCGCUAUAUCCGCAGCUCAGGAUAGCACGGCAGUAAUUUGGGAAUAUACAACCGGAAAGGUUUUACCGGAUCGAGCAUGUUAUAUCGGCUACGAGUCCGGCAACGUUCAACGAAUCGACUUUUACGAAACAACCUCAGCACAGCACCCUCUAUAUGACCAGCGACUUCAGAACACCCCAUCACAGUUGAAUGCGGACCAACAAUGGACAGUUCCGUCAGCAGAUAAGGGUGCCGCAACUACCCUAGCUUUAUCUUAUGAUGGCAUGACUUUGUACUCGGGGCAUCCGAACGGCUCUAUUUUGGCAUGGGACGUGGCGCGCGCCAAAUUCUCGACGACUAUAGCUGAUUAUAUGAGCCCGGUGACCAAUAUACAUAUGCUUCUUCCUUCGGGGUUCCCUACCCAAACAUUUAAUGACUCCUCUCGGUUUACGAUCCCAGUCAUUAUCAAACCACGAUACGAACCAAACAUAUCAGACAGGUCUGUUGGGGAUGGUUCAAUUCCGUACAGCUACUCCCUGAAUGUUCAACUUGUUUCACCAGCUAUCAAGUCGGAUAUUUUCUCCGAAGCCCUGACACAUCCUGUUUUCCCAACGUCUCUACUAGAGGAAGGCCUUGCCGAGCUAGCAGCUCUUAAGGAUGGCCAAGCCGUAUGUGAAGCUGCCCCGUCAAAUGGCCGCUCAACCACAUCAACUGCCAUCGAAUCCUCACAAUUAACCGCCAUGCAAGAAGAAAUCGCAAACCUCAAAAAACAACUCUCAAUCAACGAAGCCGCACGACGUGCAGACGCCGACGAAACCAUGAAACUCAAAACAAACAUACGUGAAUUGCAAGAAUCAAACACCAGAUAUCAACAAUUGAAAACGAAAUAUGACAAGCUCAAAGUUGUGGCGCGCGCGGACAAGGAAGACCGUGCUCUCGAGCGGCGUAAAGCUUGGUUUGAGAGUGAAAAAGCCGGUAAAAAUGGGGAUGCGGCUUUACGGAAAGCUCGAGUGGCUGACAAGGACUCAGAUGAGAUGAGUGAAUAG